AUGUCGACCAGCACAUUCGUAACCAAAGGCGUGCGCGUGGCUAUUGAGGGCUGUGGCCACGGCACCCUCAACGCCAUCUACGCCGGUGUCAAGAAAUCGUGCGAGGAACGCGGUUGGGAUGGCGUCGAUUUGCUCAUCAUCGGCGGUGACUUUCAGGCCGUCCGCAAUGCCGCCGACCUAAACGCCAUGGCUGUACCCGCCAAGUACCGCGAGCUGGGAGACUUUCACGAGUACUAUAAAGGUACCCGCAAGGCUCCCUAUCUGACUAUUUUCAUCGCCGGGAACCAUGAGGCAUCUUCCCAUCUCUGGGAGCUGUACUACGGUGGCUGGGUGGCACCUAAUAUUUACUAUAUGGGCGCCGCCAACGUUCUUCGUUUGGGACCCCUGCGGAUAAUGGGUAUGAGUGGUAUCUGGAAGGGAUUCGACUACCGCAAGCCACACCACGAGCGGCUGCCCUUCAACGCCGAGGACGUGAGGAGCUUUUACCAUGUGCGCGAGAUCGACGUGCGCAAGCUACUGCAGCUGCGUACUCAGGUGGACGUUGGCCUCAGCCACGACUGGCCGCGGGCCAUUGAAAAGCACGGAAACAGCCAGCGCCUGUUCAAGAUGAAGCCUGAUUUUGAGCGGGAAUCGUACGACGGGUCGCUGGGGAACCCGGCUGCCGAAUACGUGCUUAACAGACUGAGGCCGCCUUAUUGGUUCUCUGCCCACUUGCACUGCAAAUUUGCCGCCAUCAAGGAGUUUCCGCCGGCGCAGGCCGGGCCGAGCAAGGUUCCUGAGUCGGAGCCUGAGCCCGAAUCUGAACCAGCGCCGGUCCCCCCGCUAGAAGUUGCCUUCAACCCGGAUGAAAUAGACCUUGACGUCGACGAUGGAGACGACUACCCGGUGGCCACAGCCAAAGCAGCAGCCACCACCGGAACUGGCCCAGAAACUCAGCAAACUAGCGAGCCCACCGCCACUACAACCCCCGAAACCGGACCUGCUGCUGCAACUGCCGAGACAGGAACUGACGAUACCGAAGCCCUCCGUGCUCAGCUCCCCGAAGCCUUCGCCCGGCGUGCCGUCACGACCACAACCCACCCCCGCACCGUCCCCGGCCAGCCCGUUCCCGAGACUAUCACUAACACGACAACCCGCUUCCUCGCCCUUGACAAGUGCCUUCCCGGCCGCAAAUUCCUCCAAGUCAUGGAAAUUUCCCCUUAUGAGGCAGGCCAGGCCCCCCCCCAGUCCCCAUCUCCGUCCAAGUCAGCAUCCAAAUCCAAAUCCCGCUCUCGCUCUCGCUCUCGCUCUCCCAACCAUCGUCUCCAACUCCAAUACGACCCCGAAUGGCUCUCCAUCAUCCGUGCCUUCCACCCCCUCAUCACCAUCGGUGACCGCACCGCCACCGUCCCCCCGGACGAAGGCGAAGCCGCGUACGCGCCCCUCAUCGCCGAACACCGCGCCUGGGUUAACGAGCACAUCGUUGAUGCCGGCCGUUUGGAAGUCCCCGAGAAUUUCGAGACGACCGCGCCCCCGCAUCGGCCCGAGGUGGAUCAGGAAGUCACCCAGGAUUUGCCGCGGGAGUGGACGAAUCCGCAGACGUCAACAUUUUGUGAGUUGUUGGGGGUUGAGAAUUUGUGGGAUGCGAGUGAGGAGGAAAGGAAGGUGAGGCAGGAGUUGGGGCCGGCGCCCGUGGAGUCUCGUGGGGGUGGAUAUGGAGGAGGUAGGGGAGGGAGAGGAGGACGAGGUCGGGGGAGAGGUGGACGGGGUGGUGGGAGAGGGUGGGGAGGACGUGGUAGAGGGGGGCGUGGGAGAUAG